AUGUUGGAAUAUGAAACGAGUGGAGAACUGAAGACCAAAUGCAUUGAUUUGCUCAACCUCAGUCCCAGUACUGACGUCAAUGCCUUAGUAGAGGAGAUACAGAAAGCGGAGCCGGUAAUCACAGCUUCACGAUCAGACCAAGUAAAGUUUUUACUGCGGAGAUUACAAGACAAACUCAGGCAGCACAGCAACCACCAAUUCUAUCUUUUUAAGGUUCUCAGAGCACAUAUACUGCCAUUGACUAAUGUUGCACUUAAUAAAUCGGGGUCUUGCUUUAUUACAGGAAGCUAUGAUCGGACGUGUAAACUUUGGGAUACUGCAUCUGGAGAGGAGCUUCAUACCCUGGAGGGCCACCGGAAUGUGGUUUAUGCCAUAGCAUUCAACAAUCCGUAUGGUGACAAAAUUGCCACUGCAUCCUUUGAUAAGACUUGUAAGCUAUGGAGUGUAGACACGGGAAAAUGUUACCAUACCUUUAGAGGUCAUACAGCAGAAAUAGUGUGUUUGUCAUUCAAUCCUCAAAGCACCCUCGUGGCCACUGGCAGCAUGGACACAACAGCCAAACUGUGGGACAUUCAGAACGGAGAGGAAGUGCUCACUUUGACGGGACAUUCGGCUGAAAUCAUCUCUUUGUCCUUUAACACCUCGGGAGACAGAAUCAUCACAGGGUCUUUUGAUCAUACAGUUGCAGUGUGGGAAGCUGAAACUGGAAGGAAGGUGUAUACCCUAGUUGGGCAUUGUGCUGAGAUUAGCAGUGCUUCAUUCAACUGGGAUUGCUCUCUGAUAUUAACCGGCUCUAUGGACAAAACCUGCAUGCUGUGGGACGCUGCAAAUGGAAAAUAUGUGGCAACAUUAACAGGCCAUGAUGAUGAAAUACUAGACAGCUGUUUUGAUUACACUGGAAAACUUAUUGCUACUGCUUCAGCCGAUGGAACAGCAAGGGUUUUCAGUGCAGCCACAAGGAAAUGCAUCGCCAGAUUGGAGGGCCACGAAGGUGAAAUUUCAAAGAUUUCUUUCAACCCCCAAGGGAAUCGUCUUCUAACGGGCAGCGCUGAUAAAACAGCGAGAAUCUGGGAUGCUCAGACUGGUCAGUGCCUCCAGGUUCUUGAGGGGCACACUGAUGAGAUCUUUUCAUGUGCUUUCAACUAUAAAGGCAACAUAAUCAUUACAGGUAGCAAGGAUAAUACCUGUAGGAUAUGGCGUUGA